CCGGGGCGCCUGCGAGGUCUCGCCGCGGAGCGCGCGCGCGGAUCAAUGAGAGGAGGCUCAGAUGAGCCCCUGCUGACUUGAGAGAAAGAGAGACCACGCCGAUUGCCCAGAGGAACUGGAAGAAGAGAAAUCCCCAAAGUCAGUGAGAAGAGCUCCCUCACCAUGAGUAGCGCUGUAUUGGUGACUCGCCUCCCGGACCCCAGCAGCAGCUUCCGAGAGGAUGCCCCGCGACCCCCGGUUCCCGGGGAAGAAGGGGAGACCCCACCAUGCCCGCCUGGGGUGGGCAAGGGCCAAGUCACCAAGCCCAUGCCUGUCUCCUCCAAUGCCAGGCGGAACGAAGAUGGGUUGGGGGAGCCCGAGGGGCGGGCAUCCCCGGAUUCCCCUCUGACCAGGUGGACCAAGUCCUUGCACUCCUUGUUGGGCGAUCAAGACGGUGCUUACCUCUUCCGGACUUUUCUGGAGAGGGAAAAGUGCGUGGAUACCUUAGACUUCUGGUUUGCCUGCAAUGGAUUCAGGCAGAUGAACCUGAAGGAUACCAAAACUUUACGAGUAGCCAAAGCGAUCUAUAAAAGGUACAUUGAGAACAACAGCAUUGUCUCCAAGCAGCUGAAACCUGCCACCAAGACCUACAUAAGAGAUGGCAUCAAGAAGCAGCAGAUUGAUUCCAUCAUGUUUGACCAGGCACAGACUGAGGUUCAGUCGGUGAUGGAGGAAAAUGCCUACCAGAUGUUUUUGACUUCUGAUAUAUACCUCGAAUAUGUGAGGAGUGGGGGAGAAAACACAGCUUACAUGAGUAACGGGGGACUGGGGAGCCUAAAGGUCGUGUGUGGCUAUCUCCCCACUUUGAAUGAAGAAGAGGAGUGGACUUGUGCUGACUUCAAGUGCAAACUUUCACCCACUGUGGUUGGCUUGUCCAGCAAAACUCUGAGGGCUACAGCAAGUGUAAGGUCCACGGAAACUGUUGAAAAUGGAUACAGGUCCUUCAAGAGGAGCGAGCCAGUUAACCCAUAUCAUGUAGGUUCCGGCUAUGUCUUUGCACCAGCCACUAGUGCCAAUGACAGUGAGAUAUCCAGCGACGCACUGACGGAUGACUCCAUGUCCAUGACGGACAGUAGUGUAGAUGGAAUCCCUCCUUACCGCGUGGGGAGUAAGAAACAGCUCCAGAGAGAAAUGCACCGCAGCGUGAAGGCUAACGGCCAAGUGUCUCUACCUCAUUUCCCGAGAACCCACCGCCUGCCCAAGGAGAUGACCCCUGUGGAGCCUGCCACCUUUGCAGCCGAGCUGAUCUCGCGGCUGGAGAAGCUGAAGCUGGAGCUGGAGAGUCGCCACAGCCUGGAGGAGCGGCUGCAGCAGAUCCGAGAGGAUGAAGAGAAGGAGGGGUCCGAGCUUGUGUUGGGCUCACGGGAGGGGGCUCCCACCCAGCACCCCCUCUCCCUCCUGCCCUCUGGCAGCUAUGAGGAGGACCCGCAGACCAUCCUGGACGAUCACCUGUCCAGGGUCCUUAAGACCCCUGGCUGCCAGUCGCCUGGCCUAGGCCGCUACAGUCCCCGUUCCCGCUCCCCUGACCACCACCACCACCAGCAGCCGCAGCAGCCGCAGCAGUACCACUCCCUUCUUCUGCCCGGGGGCAAGCUGCCCCCCGCCUCCAUCCCACCAGGCACCUGCCCCCUCCUUGGGGGCAAGGGCUUUGUGACCAAGCAGAUGACAAAGCAUGUCCACCACCACUACAUCCACCACCACGCCGUCCCCAAGACCAAGGAGGAGAUCGAGGCGGAAGCCACACAGAGGGUGCGCUGCUUCUGCCCCGGAGGCACCGAGUAUUACUGCUACUCAAAGUGCAAGGGACACCCCAAGGCUCCAGAGCCUGCACCCGGGGAGCAGUUUGGUGGCAGCAGAGGCAGUACCUUGCCCAAACGAAAUGGGAAAGGCGUGGAGCCUGGCCUGGCCCUGCCCGCCAGGGAAGGAGGGACCCCCAGCGGAGCAGGGGCCCUGCAGCUUCCGGGGGAGGAAGGAGACAGGUCGCAGGAUGUCUGGCAGUGGAUGCUGGAGAGUGAGCGGCAGAGCAAGCCCAAGCCCCAUAGUGCCCAAAGCACAAAAAAGGCCUACCCCUUGGAGUCUGCCCGUGCGCCCCCAGGUGAACGAGCUAGCCGGCACCAUCUGUGGGGGGGCAGCGGGCACCCCCGCGCUGCCCCUCGCACCCACCCAUUUACCCAGGACCCUGCAAUGCCUCCCCUGACCCCACCCAACACCCUGGCACAGCUGGAGGAGGCUUGCCGCAGGCUGGCUGAGGUGUCGAAGCCCCCAAAGCAGCGGUGCUGUGUGGCCAGUCAGCAGAGGGACAGGAACCACUCGGUCACUGGCCAGGCAGGAGCCACACCCUUCUCCAACCCGAGCCUGGCUCCAGAAGAUCACAAAGAGCCAAAGAAACUGGCAGGUGUCCACACGCUCCAGGCCAGCGAGUUGGUCGUCACUUACUUUUUCUGUGGAGAAGAAAUUCCAUAUAGGAGGGUGCUGAAGGCUCAGAGCUUGACCCUGGGCCACUUUAAAGAGCAGCUCAGCAAAAAGGGAAAUUAUAGGUAUUACUUCAAAAAAGCAAGCGACGAGUUUGCCUGCGGAGCGGUUUUUGAGGAGAUCUGGGACGACGAGACAGUGCUCCCCAUGUACGAAGGCAGGAUUCUGGGCAAAGUGGAGAGGAUCGAUUGAGCCUUGGGGGUCCGGCUUUGGUGAUCUGUGGAGCCGAAGCGCAUGUGACCUGUCUUGAGCACGAGCGACCGUGAUAGAACAUGUUGAAGGAAAACUAAACCAAUGAAGAAGACAAAG